UAAAAUGUUCACGUAUUCGGCCAUACUGUUAGUGAUCAUAAGUCAUGUGGAGCUGAGGCUGCUGGUCCACACGGAGGUGGGCAGCAUACAGGGUGUGCCGGCCGACGACGGGGACUAUGUCAUGUUCCUGGGCAUACCGUAUGCCAGAGUGAACGUCAGCAAUCCAUUUGGAGCAUCUAUUCCCCAUGAAAAAUUCGAUAAACUUUUUGAAGCAUUCAAUGAUUCAGCAAUAUGUCCACAGAUGCAGCAACUUUACUCUAAAACCAACCACCUCUAUGGUGGGAGCCUAGACUGUUUAAAACUAAAUGUAUAUGUGCCUAACUCGAAAACAAUGGACAAAGCUGUUUAUCUUUAUAUUUUUGGGGGCAGGUUUGUUCAUGGUCAUAGUCGAAAGAGCUCAUAUGGACCCAAAUACCUUGUGCGUCACGAUAUAAUAGUAGUUACUAUUAAUUAUAGACUUGGUCCCUACGGUUUCAUGUGUAUGGAUAUUCCUGAAAUACCCGGUAAUCAAGGACUGUGGGACCAGUACAAAGCCAUUAAAUGGGUACGAGAUCAUAUUCGAGCAUUUGGGGGAAACCCCCAAAAAAUUACCAUCGGUGGUCACAGCUCGGGUGCUUUAGUAGUUGACAUGCACCUGCUGACGAAGCAGCCCAGAUUGUUUCAACAAGUUAUACUACAAAGUGGAACUGCCACAAAUCCUGGUUUUGUUGUUCCUUCUAAUACAAAGGCACUCAUUAGUAUUGCUGAAAAGCUCGGAUUUAUAACAAACGAUACAUAUACUGCUCUAUCAUUCUUAGCUAAAGCAGAUCCCGAAACUAUUAUCAAAGCAACUACUGAUGAAUAUAAUUGGAAGCCUUGUAUCGAGAAAGAAUUUGAAGGAGUCGCACCUUUUGUCGUCGAAAAUCCAGAAUUUUCAGGAGAAACUAAUAUCGACGGAGUCAAUAUACUCGGUGGAUUUACAUUCAAAGAAUGCAUUUACAGCUUGUAUAGUCCAACAUAUAAAAAAUUAAUAAGUGAGCCGGAUGUAAUUCUAAGUAGCAUUAAUCGAAAGUUUAAUUUUAAGAAUGACAGUAACUUCAUAAAUGUAGUUAAGCACUUCUACUUAGGAGACGAUACAGAUCGUAAAAGUAAUAAAUAUAAAAUUGUUGACUUUCUUUCCGAUUUCGAUUUUGUUUAUCCUAUACAAAGGCAGUUCAAAAAGUAUGCAAGACACAAAAACACAAACGUAUAUCUCUACAUGUUCUCUUAUGAAGGUCAUCUAAAUAGAAUGAAAAGGCUCUUCAACAUCACUGAUGCCGGAGCAACUCACUUUGAUGAGCUGGGGUAUAUUUUCACAGUGUAUUACAUUCCAGACAUACCAAACAGCAAUGAUCAACGUAAAAUCGACCAAAUGACUACGUUGUGGACCAACUUCAUUAAAUACGGGAACCCAACGCCUGUUCGCACGGAGCUGCUGCCGGUGUCAUGGCCGCCGCUGACCACCGACACGGUGCCGUGUCUGCAGAUCGACUCCAACUUGACCGUCAUCUCGCGACCCUUCCAUAGUAACAUGGCUUUCUGGGACCUGUUUUAUGACGCGAACUUAGAUAAGCUUAAGAUAGUGUCGAAAAAACCAUAAAUUAUGUGUUAACGAUCAGAUAAGUAGUUGUCCGAGAACAAAUAUAAAAAAAUAUAUAUAUAUCCUCCUCCUUUUCAGA